GACUGCAGACACAGCACAGGAGAUGACCAGAGACUGCGGACACAGUACAGGAGAUGACUAGAGACUGCAGACAUAUUACAGGAGAUGACCAGAGACUGCGGACACAGUACAGGAGAUGACCAGAGACUGCGGACACAGUACAGGAGAUGACCAGAGACUGCGGAAACAGUACAGGAGAUGACCAGAGACUGCAGACAGUACAGGAGAUGACCAGAGACUGCGGACACAGUACAGGAGAUGACCAGAGACUGCGGAAACAGUACAGGAGAUGACCAGAGACUGCAGACA